AUGAAAAUCAUUAUUCUUCUUUAUCUCUUGUCCACAAUUUUUGCUAUCAGAAGAAGCGUUAAUCCUGAAAUCUUUUUGCAAUUUAAGCAUACAGGAAAACUUGAAAAUAUUGACCAAAAUAAUCAACAAUCAAAUGCUAUUUUUUUGGAAAAUAUGCUGAAUUAUUAUCAAAUUAUAAUAAAAAAUGCAAUUAUUAAUAUAUUUAUAUUUAUUUUAAAUCAGAAUAAAGAUAAGUUGGAUAAUAACGUAAAAAACGAUCUAUCCACAAGUUUAUUUAAUAUUGAAAAUACUCAAGAUGAAUUAGACACAAAUUUUAUGCAGCUAAGUAAUGAUGAUUCUGGAGAAGAUAAUGAUGGUUUAGAAGAUGAUACUAAAAUUUUAUUGGUAUUUAUACUUAAUGCUAUCACUUGUGUCUUUUGCUGCGCAUUUUUACAGUUUAUAUUGAUGCUUUCAAAAAGAAUGAGUAAUGAGUUAAGUGAACUCAAAAAAAAUUAUAGGCAGCAUCAAGGGUUUCUGAGGUUUAAAGAGUUCAGAAAAGCAUGGGCAAAAGAAAAUGAGGCAAGUGAAGCAGAAAAUUAA